CUUCAGUUUCUUUUAUAAUAACAAUUUCUAAUUAUAUAUAGUAAAAUUAUAUUAUUCAUAUAAGGCAAGAUUGGUUUGUUUAAUGUAAAAUUGGGACAAAAAUAUGAGUAAUUGGUUCUCUUGCUGUAGAUUGGAAAGUAAAGAUUCAUUUAAUCACAAUUUAGCUUAUUCUGAUACUGCUUUUAUUCAGCAUGAACCUGCUAGCAAAUUUUCAUUCUUCCUCAAAAGCAUGUCUCGUAAAACAGGCAGCAUCAAGCAGAGACUUAUAACAGAGGAGGUAAUGAGAGUUGGAAAUGCAAAAGUUUCAGCUCAGGUCUACUCCUUUCAAGAACUCGCUGCUGCAACCGAUGAUUUCGAUCCGAGUUGUGUCCUCGGAGAAGGCGGAUUUGGGAGAGUGUACAAGGGCUACAUUGCAAACAUUGGUCAAGAAGUGGCUAUUAAGCAACUUGACAGGAAUGGGCUGCAAGGAAACAGAGAAUUCUUUUCGGAGAUUCUGAUGUUAAGUCUCGUUCAUCAUCCGAACCUCGUCAGACUUAUUGGAUAUUGCAUCGAUGGCGAUCAACGGAUAUUAUUAUACGAAUACAUGUACCAUGGAUCAUUGGAACAUCAUCUGUUUGCAGAUUUAGGUCCAAGACAGAAGGCAUUAGAUUGGAAAACAAGAAUGAAAAUAGCAGUAGGAGCAGCAAGAGGACUCGAAUUCUUACACGAAGCUAAUCCGCCAAUCAUUUACCGCGAUUUCAAAGCAUCAAACAUAUUAUUAGAUGAAGAACUCAAUCCGAAGCUGUCGGAUUUCGGACUUGCCAGGUUAGGUCCGACAGGAGAGAAGGAUCACGUAUCGACACGAGUAAUGGGUACUUACGGGUAUUGUGCUCCAGAGUAUCAAAGAACAGGUAAGCUGACAAAAAAAUCCGAUGUGUAUAGUUUCGGUGUGGUGUUUCUGGAGAUCAUUUCAGGACGGAGAGUCAUUGACAUUGCACGACCAACCGAAGAACAGAACUUGAUCGAAUGGGCGGAGCCAUUGUUUAAGAACAAAAGUAAAUUUACAGCAAUGGCUGAUCCGUUGCUCGAAGGAAAGUUUCCUGAGAAGAGUCUGUAUCAGUCACUAGCUAUUGCAGCAAUGUGUCUUCAAGAGGAAGCAGACGUUCGACCGCUGAUGGCCGAUGUUGUGACCGCGCUUGAAUUCCUUGCGCGGCCGAAGUUUGAAGAGGAGAGAAAAGAUUACGGCGGAUCAAAAUGCAGUGUCACAAUUUGAAUAUGUCAGAUUCUGAUAAACAACAUAAAGAAAAGUAUAGUUUCAAAGUAGUUUCAAAAGAAGUCUGCAAUUUUAAGGAUUAGAUGCAAAAGCAAAUAUAAGCAGCUACUUGUCCUUGACUUUCUGAUUGAUUCCUAUGUUUGUAUAAUACAUACUUAAGUUUUGAUUUUA